AUUUUUAUUGAUGAAUAUUUUGAAAAUAGUUUACAGGACAGGUUGUAAAAGACCAGCCUCUAGAACUAUUUGGUAAAUGGCAAACAAAUCAAUACGAUCCUCCAGUGGCUAAAAAUGGAAUAAUACCACGUAAUGAAUACGGCAAUGUCGACUUGUUUAAACAAUGCAUGUUACCCAAGGGAACUGUCCAUAUUGAUCUUCCAGGAUUGGCCCGAAUUGCGAAAAAGUUAAAAAUCGACUGCGCGCAAGCAGUAGUCGGAUUUAAUUUUGGGUGUCGCGGUGCGAUGCCAAUGACCCAGGGUUAUAUCGUGUGCGAGGAACACGAAGAAACUAUAAGAGAUGCCUGGACCCAAGAGCAGGUGGAAGCUGAGAAGCGCGCAAAGGAGAAGCGGGAUAAAAGAAUCUGGGGCAAUUGGAAAAAGUUAAUCCGCGGGGUUUUGAUCAAAGAAAAAAUUGCUUACAAGUACAACAUGAAUGAUUCUCAAGAAGACAAAGAUGAUAGUCUUGAUGGUGAUUUUGAUGAUCAAGAUAAAAAAAAUAAAGUACCUGGAAAAAAAACUAAAAGCAAUAGUAUUAAAAAACGAAAAACUUGA